GCAAAUUCCUACAUGGGUUCAUAUUGGGCCGAUGAUUAAAAUGCGAAACCCAUUACAGUAGUUCUGCAGUCAUAAUCGCGACAACUCGCCUUUACGACUGAUGAAGUGGCCCAAUUAUAUCACGCCACGUCAGGGGUCAACAUGGUCCUAGCUCAAACCUGUCACACUAGAUUCCCCCCUCCUCUGCAAUUCACCAGUCGAAAACUGAAUUGAAUAGCAAGAAAUCCCAAUCGAAAAAAGCUUCUAACUGAGUGAGAUAUUUUAGAGACUAAAACAAAAUUUGACGGAAGAAGUCCUCGCAAAUGUCGAGCGGUUGGAGGAGAGCAUUCGGGAACGCGAGGUCCUUUAUUGGAAAUUCGAUGGGCGGCCUCAGAGGCGGCAGCAGUUUAGCAUCGUGGGCGGUCGCCGGAACCCUAGCUUAUUUCCUCUGGGUCCGGCCGUCGCAGCAGCUCAAAAGAGAGCAAGAGGAACGAGCUGCGUUGGCAGCGGCAUCGGAUUCUUAUCGAUAUGUUGAGAAGAGGAAACCGAUUCCGGAUCCUCAGGUUAGUGUUGUAGUGAAUUUUGUAUUUUUUUGGAGGAGCUUUCGAUUUCGAUUGAAUUGGAAAAGGUUCAAUUUUUGUAAUUGGUGAAUUUUGCAGGAAACUGGGUUGAUUUACGGGAACAAAAAGGGAGCGAAAAGGUCUGAGUGAAGUUAUUGGAAGAUCGAGGUGGUUAGUAAGUUUAGUUAGCUUGAACGAUCUGAAAUUUUUCGUGUUGUGAUUAGUUACAUCUUUAUUAAUUUAUACAUGUAUGUAUUCUAUGGAAAUAGCUGGUGUAGGCCUUUUUUUUUUGUAUCCGAGUCCGAAUGUUGAAUAAAUGAUCAAAGAAUUUCUUUCUUGAA